UGUAGAGAGAGGGAGAGAGAGAAGGGGGUAUUAGACAGCAUAAAGUUAAAUAAACCAAUAAUUGAAUAGAAAAAAAAGAAGAUUUUGGAGAAAAUAAUCUUUUAUUGGGGGGAGGGAGUACAAGAGUACAAAGUAUCGCAGCAAAUUCAGUAAUGAUAUUGGCACAGAUCUUUAAAUUCUUCUUUACGAGCAGGACAGUAGGCUAAGUUGCGAGUGGCCUCUGCUGCUGCUGCCGCCAUUAAAGACCUCAAUUGGAUCUCUAGUUUUUUUGUUUUUUUUUUUUUCCCCAAUAGCACUUUGAUGUACUGUUACUGUUCCAUUCAUUUUCCAUAGGCAGGGAGGGAAGCAACAAACAGACUUUCUCUCUCUAUAAAAUGUCUAUGUAGAAAGAGAAUUGGAGAGGGGUGGGGGGUUCUGUAAAGUCAUCUGGGGUUUGCCUGGUCAAGUGGGUAUCUAUCACAUAAAGAGACAUAACUCUCAAAAGCUGUGCUGAAGGAGAGAGGAGAGAGAGAGAGAUGGGUUAGGCUGUGGAAUUGGAAUUACUGAGUUUAGGCUUCUGGUUGUGGGUUUGGUUUUUGAUUUGCAGAAUAGUUGGGGGGACGAGGUGGGGGGAUGGAAGUGAAAAAAAUGAAUGGCAGAACUUUUUGGGAGAGGCAGACGAGGCGGCAGCUUCAUCAGCAACAGCAGCAGCAGCAGCAGAAGCAACAGGUUUCAGAGUGGUGGCAGCAGCAGCAAUUGCAGAAGGAAGAAGGAGAGAGAGAGGAGAGAGAAGAUAGAAGAAGCUAUUAAGAUUAGGAAAAAGCACUGCCCGUUUAAAGCUGGAAGAAGAAAAGCAAAACAAUCCGAGUCUGGAUCCUCAAGGAAAUCGCCGUCAUCAUCAUCAUCAAAACCAGAUUCUAAUUUCGAGGCAUGUAGAAGGAAAAGCAGAGGAAGACGACCAAGAUUCUCCGCCCCAUCACCGUCAAGACCGCCACCACCACCAUCAGCAGCAACCACAUCCUUUCAAUGUGCAUCAGAAUCAGCAUCUUUUUCUUCAAAACACUCACCAGGAAGACCAAAAUCUACAGAAUUACUACGCAGUUUUAGAUUCACAGACACAACAACAACAACAACCCCACCAGCAGCAAGCUCCCAAAAAACGUUCUUACUUUCAGCUUCCUCCUCCUCAUCCGGUGGCGGCCCCUGCCGCCUCUUCCUCCACCUUCGCCGAGCAGAGCAUCGAAUAUGCGAGAAAAAUGGGAGAGAGCCACCGCCAAACAUCGACGUCGUCAAGGUUGGGGAUGAGAACCGGAGGCGGCGGUGGGGAGAUUGUGGAGGUUCAAGGAGGCCACAUUGUUCGUUCCACUGGAAGAAAAGAUCGUCACAGCAAAGUUUGUACAGCCAAAGGUCCAAGAGACCGCCGUGUUCGUCUCUCUGCCCAUACCGCUAUCCAGUUCUACGACGUCCAGGACCGCCUCGGCUAUGACCGACCCAGUAAAGCUGUAGACUGGCUAAUAAAAAAGGCCAAGGCCGCCAUUGAUGAGCUCGCCGAGCUCCCUGCAUGGCAUCCGAGCACAGGAAACGCAUCCACACAGCGGGAGGAGCAGCAGAGUCUGAAUGACGAGAACGAGAAUCUACUUUCUGUCCAACGCGAUGUGUUCAAUUCAACCGGUAACCGGAGAGCGACGGUGUUGGGGAGCGACAGUAGAGUUUCAGAGUUUCCUCUGCAAAACUUGCAGCAUAGCCAAAUGGGUGAAGGCCCAAACAGCAGCACCUCUAGCUUUCUCCCACCGUCGCUGGACUCGGAUUCCAUUGCUGAUACAAUCAAGUCGUUCUUCCCCAUAGGCACGGCGGCGGCGGCGGCAGAGACGACUUCUUCGUCGAUUCAAUUCCAGAAUUACCCACAAGAUUUGCUUUCCAGGACGAGUAGCCAGAACCAAGAUCUGCGACUUUCUUUGCAGUCUUUUCAAGACCCAAUAGCUAUUCACCGGCAUCAUCAUGCUCAGCACCAGAGUCAAGGUCAUCAGAAUGAGCAUGUCCUGUUUUCCGGCACCGCCCCAUUAAGCGGGUUUGAUGUGACCAGCGCUGGUUGGUCUGAACACAACAGCCUCAAUCCGGCGGAGAUUAGCCGGUUCCCAAGGAUAACUUCUUGGAACGCAUCUGGUGCAGAAACUGGUAGUGGCGGCGGCAGUGGUCAUGGCGGAGGUGGGAUUAGGAGUGCAGGAUAUGUGUUCAACUCGCCGCAGUUGCCAACUGCACUGCCGCCUUCGCAACUUAUGCAGCCAUUAUUUGGAGAAAACCAGUUUUUUUCUCAGAGGGGACCCCUUCAGUCCAGUAACACACCUUCAAUUCGCGCUUGGAUUGACCCAUCACUUACAGCCAAUGAUCAUCAACAGCAUCAAAUGCCACCAUCAAUCCACCUAUCCUCCUACUCAGGCUUAGGAUUCGCCUCAGGCGGAUUCUCCGGGUUUCACAUUCCAACGCGAAUUCAGGGUGAGGAGGAGCACGAUGGCAUUUCAGACAAGCCAUCCUCUGCUUCCUCUGAUUCUCGCCAUUGAUUUUAUCGAAAUCCCAAGAUUUUCUCUUUUACAGACCGUUUUGUUAUUGCAGGUGUGCAUCUUCAAUUAGAAAAGCCAAGGUUAGCAGCACCAGCGUCAAGCCACCGCAUGGAUUUCAAGAGGCAGAAUUUUGGGUCGUUUUGUUUCAAUGGCCUUUACCAUGGAAGUAGUGAAUCUGAGUACCUUUUCAGGUCUUAUGGUCCAUGGUUUAUUUAAGCUUCUGUCAGUUGUUUAUGUUAAAAAAAAACCUCUCAGGUCUAAUCUUUGAUGAAUCUCUUCGAUGGAAUUGUCUUUCUUAUUUGUUUCUGUAGCAAGACUAUGAUUAUUCUGAUUACUUUUUUUAAAUCGAUAUUUCAAUUUUAGUU